UCGAUUGAAAUAAUAUCGAUUAUUAUAUUUAGUUAGGUUUGAUUAAUAUUGUUAUUUACAAAUUUAAAGUUGUUAUAAUGUUGUCAUUCAAUAAAAAUGUCAAUACCAAUUGAAAACAACUACUUAAGAUUGUUAAUUUUUAAUAGAAUGGGCAGCAUUACUUCGUCAAACCAAUUAUUUUUCUGUAACAUUUUGAAAAAAAAGCUUAAGUUGUUUUUUUAUUUUAGUUUUUUGUGGUGAUGGCGACAGACACUAUUUGUCGCUUGUGUUCGUUGGACUGUGACAAUUAUGUGAAACUUUUUGAACAAGAGAGUGAAAAAGCCGAUCUUGUUGAAAAAAUUAAACAAUGUCUUCAAAUUUGGAUUUGUCCUGAAGAUACACUGCCUAAAGCUAUUUGUUUAGUUUGUUAUGGGAAAUUAGAAGAAUUUUUCAAUUUCUACAGCUCAUGUCACCAAUCACAGAGUUGUUUAAUGGAAAUUUUCAAGAAGAAGGAUAUCCAUAAUAACUCUUCUCCUUUUAAUAUUUUCCCUCUUUCUGAGAAAGGAACUGAGAUUUAUCAGUUAACUGAUUUUGAUGAAAAAACUGACUUGGACUAUGAUGUCGACUGUGUAUUGUUAGAUGAUCGAGGUAGUGCCAAUACCUUAAAAAAAAAGAGGGCUGUUAAAACUCCUAGAAAAACUUCAUUUGAAGAUGUUCUAACUGAGAACUUUAGGAAUGAAAAAAUUGAAAUCAACAAGCCAUCAAAAUCAAGAGAAAUCAAAAGUGAAAGUCAAGAUGAAGAGAGAAGUGACUUAGAUGAUGAUCUCUUUGAUUUUCCUAACUCUUCUCAAAGUUUCUCAUCAAAAAAAAUAUUUGAAGACUACGUUUGGAAAUGCUCAGACUGUGACAAAGAACUCUCAUCAUUAUCAUCAUUGAAAUUGCAUUAUCAACAAGUUCAUAACCAAGCACCUAACUUUAAAUGUACUUAUUGCAAUAAAGUUUACACUCGGUACAGAAGUUUUGCAAGACAUGUUAAAUUACAUGUUGAUUCUAAAAAGUACAGUUGUGAUAUAUGUGGCAAAUGUUUUUCUCAAAAAACAGUACUUCAAUCACAUAGUACUGUACACAGUGAAGAAAGGCCCCAUGUUUGUCCUCAGUGUGGCAAAGCAUUUAAACAGUUCAGUUCAUUAUAUCUCCAUAGUAAAUGUCAUCUGCCAGAACAAGCUAAACCAAAGUAUCCUUGUUCUGUCUGCUUGAAAGUGUUUUCCUCUAAACAUACUGUUGAAACUCAUAUGAAACUUCAUACAGGAGAAAGGAAUUUUAUUUGUGAUAUUUGUGGGAAACGUUUUAUUUCUAAAGGUAGUUUGGACUACCACAUUUUAGCUCACAAUGAUGCAAAACCUCAUUCAUGUCAAGUUUGUGGCAAAUGUUUUAAAACUGCUAGACUUUUAGCAAAACAUUCAACUGUUCAUACUGGAGUUAAACCACAUCAGUGUGAUGUAUGUGGCAAACAAUUCCGAGAAAGAGGUGCUCUGAAGGAGCACAAUAGAAUACAUACUGGAGCCAUGCCUUACUCAUGUGAAUAUUGUGGCAAAAAUUUUAGGUUUAAAGGAAUCUUAACUGUCCAUAGACGACAACAUACUGGAGAAAGGCCUUAUAGUUGUGGAGAAUGUCGCCGGGAGUUUACGAAUUGGGCUAACUAUAAUAAACACAUGAAGCGUAGGCAUAAAAGUCGACCGUCUCCAGUAAUGAAUGCAUCAGAAAUGAUCCCUGUAGGCCAGGAUACUUCUUUGGUCUCUCCUCCACCACCUCCUCCUCCUCCUCCCUACAUAGAAUGUGCACCACCUCAACCCCCACCUCCUCCUUAUAAGUUGCCGGAGGAUGGUACCUUCAGAGUUCAGCCUCCACCCUCUUAUCCAAGCCCUCCGAUACACAUGGCCUAUUAUUUACACCCACUUCAUGGAAUUUUGCAGAGGACUGACUAAAUAAUAUUAAUAUUCUUGCUAUAUUAAAACCAAUUGCUCUGUGCAAAUAUCUUCUUUGAUUAUCAAGAGUAUGGUUUCUGUUCUCUUAAACACCUAGCUUUAAGUUAUUAAAAAAAAUAAAUCAAAAUUAAAUAUUUUAAGUUAAGUUCUAUAUAAGUAACUUUUUCAUAGAUAUAUUUAAUAUUUAUUGUAAAUAAUAUAAUUUAUUCUAAGCAUAUGUUGUAUUUCAACUGUGGUAAUUUAAUAUAGAUUCUUCAGCAAUUAGACAAGCAAGAUGACAUUGAAGGUAGUUGAUAAUUUGCCUACUAAUAUGUUAUAGUGGAACUUCUCUUAAACAGACAUACUAAAGAAUUAUAAUUUGAUUGCUAAUUAAUAUCUGCUUGUAAGAAAAGACUGUUUAAUGUACCAACCUUGUUAAAAUCUAAAACUGCAUAAGAAAUACAAAUAUCCGCUUGUGAAAAAGAAUGUUCAAUGUACAAAGCUGGCUAAAAUCUAAAAAUAGAUAAAAAAUACAAAGGAAGUUGUAGUUGGAAAAAGCAGCAAAUAAUAUCAAAUGUUUUUUUGUGAUUUUAUUUUUUAUAAACAUACAUAUGCCUACGGGUGCAGAUGCGCUCUUAGAGUGAUUUGGUUGUACCAGUGGCAAUGUUGAAAUAAAACAAGAAAUUAAAGAAAAUAAAUAGGAAGUUAUUUACUCCUUUUUAAAACUAAUUUUUGCAAAUUAGUUUAUGAAUAUUACAAAUGUGUAUCUGUAUGGUAAAUUUCGAAACAAGGUUCCAUACAGUCUGAACACAUGUAACAUGACCUCUUUCCUUUUUUUUUUUUUUUUUUUUUUUUUUUUUUUUUUUUUUUUUUUUUUUUUUUUUUUUUUUUUUUUUUUUGUACCUCACAAUCUCGCAUAUGCCCUUCAGGGCUUUUUUGGGGGAGAAGUGCUGACUUGUCAAUCUGAUUUUUGAUGUUAUGCUUUCUCAUGACUGCUGUUUUUUGUUUUUUUUUCAUGGUAUUUAUUUACCAAUUCCCUUACCAACUCCAGUUGAAACUUAACAAACGGAUUUUUUUUUUUUUGUUUAAAGCUUGAUAAAUUAUGUGGCUGUUACAAACACAUAUAUCUAUCAAAUGGAAAAAAUUAUUGUCUGUACCAUUGGUACUUUUUCUUAUUGUUGCUGCUGCACUGAGCACGUCUGUUUUAUCAACAACUCCCAUCUUGUGCUUAUAGUCUAUAACAACAGUAGGUUUUAUAACUUUUUCCUCUGUUCUGUAAUCCACUUCUUUUUUUUCUGCAGUUUCAGCCUUGUGUUGAGUUUAAAGCAUCCAGACUUCUUUCUUGUCCUGCCAUUUAAUUGCUACAAUUUUUUCAGAAGAAAAUCUUUAUGUGAAAUUCCCUCUUUUUAGUUUCUCCUCCAUCAGAGGCAUUGGUACAUUUUUUGUGCAGCCACAUAAAUAAUUCUGGGCUUGUGUACCAGUUGUCAUCAUAUAAGGAGUGACCCUGGUCCAGAUAGGGCUAGAACAAAGUCACCAGAUACUCCUAACCCAUACUGUUUGAGGUCAGUAGAUACACCUGUGUACACAAUACAAUCCAUUAUGUAGCAUAGAAUUUCACUGUUUUAUUGUUGCAUAGAAGAAACAAUUUUAUUCCAAAGCGACAUCUCUUUGAUUUGAUGGUGUAUAUUGUUUGAAUGAAAGCUGGCCCUUGAAUAAAAUUAAGCUCUCAUUAAUGCACAGAUUUCAGUAGGGCUUUAACAAUUUACGAAAAGUGUCUCUAAGGUGACUUAUAAUACUUCUAAUCUUCAAAAGAUGAUCACCUUUGAUAAUGCUAUUGUUCAAAAAAUGUAUGUGGCGUAAAAUAAGAAAAAGCCUGUCUCGUGACAUUACAUUUCAGAAAACUAGUGCUUCAAUAAGAUUACCGUGAGACCAAUAUUCUACUAGUUAGAAUUUUUUAACUUUGGCCAUUAAUAUAAUAGGGUUUAUAAAAAAAAGACCGCUUUUCAACCAAAUAUUUGUAUUAUUAUUUCUUUAACAUAAAAUACAAUUAAUACUCAAAGUUUAGUCCAUUGUUAUCUACAGUCUUUAGCCACUGCUAGCCAAUUCCUUGAUCCUAUGUUGAUAUCAUUCUUUGGAAUGGCUAUUAAAAAAACUCUUGUAACUUCAUUGCAACUUCUGCAAAAUUAUCAAUUUUUUUCCCUUGAAAAAAAUGGACUAUGGAGAUCUAAAUAAAUAGUAAUCCGAUGCUGCGAGUUCUGGACUAUAUGGUGGAUGAUUUGUUAUAGGAAAUAUCUGUUACAAGAUGUUCUUUAUAAUACUUUAUUUAUUUAUUUUUAUUAUGAUUUCACCGCCUCAAUGUUUUGCAAUUGCAAAUGUCUCCGUACCAGAAAAAGGUUGCGAACUCCUGGUGUACAGCAUAUGUACCUAAAUCCAAUGUGAUACUUUCUGGUUGCUUUAUUAGUUCAACUUGUCCUUUCAAAGUUAAAAAACAGUUAUUUAAUAUCAUUUUAAUAAAUUCUUUCCAUUUUUUAAACACGUGAUACAUCAAAGUAUCACUAGCACACUUGAUAUACUUAUUUAUUAACUUUCAUGAUAACUAAAUUAAAAUUGUUUUAAAAAAGACUGAAGGGAAAUAGAAAAAGUUUUUUUAAAACAAUAAUGAUUUGAUUACAUAUAAAAAGUGCAUUAGGGAGGGGAGUAAGCACACCAGUGAUGGACAUAGCUAAGGAAAUUUCUGUAUUUUUUUGCUAAUGCCGCCUGGUGGGAUAUAAUUAAAUUAUUAUAUUGAUAAACUUCUCUAUUAGACAUUUAGAAUCUCUAGGUCUCCGUUAUCUAUUUAACACCUUAAAAUUGAAAAAAUGUUCAGUUAUGCAGAUAUUUUAAAAAAAUUUGCACUAUUGAUGGACAAUCCGAAAUUCAGUUGUUCUAGUAAUGGACAGGGGGUUGUAUCAGUUAUAGACAUGCCUCAGAUAGAUUCUAAAAUCUUCAUUUAACUAUAAAGAUAAGAUAAGAUAAAUGUUCAACUCACUCUUAGCAAAACUGCUAGUAGGAAGGAAUGAUCUCAAGAGCACUCUAGAAACGAUGAUAGGCAUUUUAAAAUUUUCUUUUGGGAACUUUGUGUUCAUACAGUUGUCAAUAGAGGGCAUUGUUCUUCAAUCUAGAAAAAACUAGAACCUUUAAAUCAACAAGGAAUUUUAUUAUUUACAUUUAAAGUCCAACCUGUCCAUCACUGGGUUCCCUGUCCAUAACUGGUGUGUUUAUCAAAAUAUAGAAAAAUAUUUAAAACCUAUAACCACCUGCCGUUCAAAAAAAUAAGCCUUGCUUUUCCUGCUGUCUGUUUUGGAGAAACUUUUUUGAAACAAAAAUUAAUAGAUCCAUUAUUAAAAGAUCUGGUUAAUAGAAGUGCAAACAAUAUAAAUUAAAUAAUAUAAUGAAAUUGUACAGAAUUAACCGUUUAUGUAAGAAUUAUUAGAAGUGUCUGUUAGGAGAAGAUCCAUUGUAAAUAGUUGUUUAUCUUACUAUAAGAUUUUCAUUUGGCUUUGACUGAAUUUUUAUUGUUAUAUUAAUAAUUCUAGACUAAGUUUUAAACAUAAUGAAAAUCAUUUAAGUGAAUGAUAAAUUAUAACAUAUAAAAUAUUUAAAAAGGAAUUAAGUACUCUUUCCUGGUUAUUUCGUUUCGGUAUAGUAAUUAACUUUAAUGAACAUCAUUUUUCAUUCAGUGAAUAUCAAAACCACAAAUCAUCACGAUAGUUUCUUAAGUUUAUCUCUUGAUGUGGGUUGUUGGAUAAAUAUAAUGUUGAGUAUAAAAAGAAUCUUCAUAUAGUUGUGCUCUAUAAUCAGAUUCCAGAUUUUUAUGAAAUAAAUAUGCUAAUAAUUGUAAGUUUUAAAAAAAACUUUUUCUAUUAUCAGAAAGAAAACAAAAGUAAGGAUUAUUUUUUCAUUAUUUGUGAAAACUGAUUUGAAAAUCUUUAGCAGCCCAUAAAGAGAUCAUUUCACAUGUAUUGCGUGACUCUCAUCAAACAUGUAAACAAAAUAUUCUAGUUCAUCUUGUUACACGUUCACAACAGGGUCAUGUUAUUAAGAAAGAAUUAAUAUGCCCCAACUUGCAGUGCACUGACUUGAAAAUGUUUAGUUUUUCAUCGAUUAGUGAUAUUAUUUAUAAAAAGCUAUGGCAUCACUAAUGACUAUUUCCCAAGAAACAUGAUUAUAUUUUCAGUUAAUUACUUAUUCUAACAGCAAUACUGCAGAAUGCAGUUACCAGCUGCCAUGGUGAUUGCUUUUACAGGGUUAGGAUACGCAGGCACUGAGUUGAGGAACUCUGAACUAGUCUGUGACAACCAUAUAUCGAAAUAAACUAUCCUUGACAUUAUCUUAUUUUUCAGGUUCGGUGCCAUUUUUUAUGUUCAAGGUCUAAGUUCACCAAUAAUAAACGUUUUAACUUUAUUUAUUUAUUAUUCAACGUUUCAGCUUCUUGAGCAAUUUUAAAGAUUCUGCAAAAAAUUUUAAUUUAGUUAUUUUUCUUUAAAAUAUAUCAUUGUAAAACAUAUAAUAAUUCAUAACCAGUCUGUUACAUAUAUAGUCAUUAUUCUAUAUUUUAUUUUAGAAAAAAAAUUAUUAUACAAUAUAACAAUUUUUUUAUAUUGUGGUUUGGAAUUAAUGCAAACAUUAUCUACCUACCAUGCACUGUUUCAUAUAAAUUUUUAAAAUAUAUCAUAGUAAUAUAAUUCGUCAGUUGAUCAUUCCCUUAUUUCAUUGAAUGUCACUUUUAUUUCUAAAAGUUAUAUAUAAAUAAUUAAAAUAUAAUGUUAAAUUUUAAUAAAACAAUUUUAAUUAAAAUAUAAUGUUAAAUUUUAAUAAAACAAAACAAAAAGAAUAUAAUUUUAUCUUAAAAUAUGUUCCUCCUUAUUAGAAGAUAUUAAAUCUGAUGUUCCUUUAAUGCAUUCAUUCAAGACUGGAUUUGUUUUAUAUAGGAGUGGGGUGGAGGGGUUAGAGAUCAGUUGUUUUAUUUUAAGUCAUAUUUUGAAUAUAAAUUAUUAUAUAUCCUCGAGAUAUAAUGUAAAGGGACUGUUUUAGUUUUAAAGAGCGAUAAUUAACUUAAUUGUAUACAUCAUAUUGGCGUUCCAACAAAGGUUGCCUUUUCAUGUCAGGGUUGACCUCCAGAGGUCACGGUCAAGCCAAUCUCCAUCCAAUCCUGAAGACCCAGACCAAUCAUCUCUUCCACUUCAUGUAUCCACCUUUUUCUGGGUCAUCCUCACCUCCCUUUCCGGGUGGUUGCCAAUCAAGAAUUUGAUUAGACCAUUGCUCGGUAGACAUUCUUCUUAAUUGUUUAUAAAAUUAUUAAUACAAAAGAAAUUAUUUCAUAGCAUAAUAAAGUUCGUUUUAUAUUAAUUAUUUUAACUAAAUUCAUUCAAAUGUUCAUUUCAGUAAAGUUUCUCCAUUAAGACAGGUUUUACUGUUUACACUUUCAUAAAAAAAUAUUUCAAAUCAAAGUUUAUUUAUUACAUUUAAAUUAAGUUUAUACAAUAAUUUUUAUAGCUGAGCAAAUUUACGUCAGAGAUCUAAAUAAUUAAAUUAAAGUCGAAAAAUUACCAAAAUUAGUUGUUUAAUUAUUCAUUGUGUUGAGAUGGUCAGACCGCAGAACUUAUUUUGGCUAUUUUUCUAUGAUUUCUGUGACUGCCUAUAUGUUUCACAAAAAUCUGGUUUUCGAUUGUAAUCAACAUAUUUUUUGUGAUUCAUCAGUUGCAUAUAAUAUAAACUAAUUUAUUUUACAGAAACCAAUUUCUCCUUUUUAAGAUUUAGCUUAGAAUUUGAAAGAUCAAAUUAUCUGGAAAAGACACUACUUAUAACCUUAGUAUCUACAAUUUUAAUUAUUAUUUAUUUUAACUAUAUUUGGUAUUAAGUAAAAUAAAGCUGGUUCAUAUUUUUGCUUUUUUAUUUUGGGAGAGCUUGACCUAUUUUUAUGUUGGUUCUAAACUAAAGCUUGUUUGCUUAUUUAUGUGAGGGCCUGCUGGUGGUUCAUAAAUUUUUCUUUAACAUCCUAGGAUAGUUUUUUUUUUAUUAUUAUUUAUCAUAUCUAUUAAUUGCGUUUGCUAAUAUAUCUAUGAACUGGCCAGUCAUUAUAUGGUAGAAUUUCUGUAUAUCGAACACAAAGAUUUCUUAGAAGAAGUUUUCUAGGCAACUUUUAUGAUUAAAUAUCUUUCCAUCUCCUCAAUAGCUUUCUGAAUUUUUAAUAAUAGUCAUAUUGAUGUGCCCUGAAGAUAUAGUAUAUAAUAAUUUAGUAACUAAGAAACAAAUUUUAAUAGCUCAAAAUUGUAGAAGAUUGGCUUCUUGAACAAAUACAAAAAUGCGACAGGAUGUCCUUUACCUCUUAAGUACAGAAUUGCUGAUACCAUACUUGUUGCAUAUUUUUCGAUAUAUAGAGAUUCAACUGUAUUUAAAAUUUUAUCUGUGAAGUAAAUGCAAAUCAUUCUUUACAAUUCAUCAAAUUUAAGGAUUUUGUUAAAUUUUCCCCUAUGUAUAUAUAAGAUGUUCUCCAUUCUCUACAUAAAAUGAUGUAAUGUAGAUAAUUAUUAUUUGUAGCAAUAUUAAUAUUAACCAGAAGUGCCUGAUAGUGAUUCUGUAACUGUGAUCUAUCUUAGUAGUUAUAAUAAGUUUUGCAAGGUUGAUUUCUUGUUUUUCUUUGCAAGCAUGACCUCACUUAAAGGAAACUUAGUAUUCAUUAAAAGUUAAUAUAAAUACUUAUUAAAAACAUUUGAACAGCCUUAGUUGUUUAUUAGAAAUAAUUAAGAUAUUUGAAAAAAGUUUUAAAAAUAAUUCAUUAUAUUGAUUCACCAAUUUUUAAUUGAAAAUUAAUUUUGUUAUAUCACUUGUAUAAUAGCAGAAAACAUUUGUUGACUGUCUAUUAGAGAACUCCAGUAAUCUGCUAAAUCACAAACUAAUCUUAUAGUGGUAUCUUUCAAGAUUUCCCUCCUAUGUUUUGAUUUAGAGCUCUGCUAGUUUUUGAAGUGUUUUCCUCAGCUAACAUUUCAAUAAUAAAAAUCUCUGCCCGUAAUCAUUAAUUUCCUUAAGCAUUCACUGAAUUCUAUUGGAAGAUAAACUUAUACAAUUCAGCAAAACUUACUAUCAAUGCUAUUUUAAUUAUAAAUUGGCAAAAUUGCUGAUUAAUGAAAUAUUUUUAAAAUUAUUCAUAAAUUAAUAAGUUAUUGUGAGUGGGGUGUAGCUAAAUGCACAUUUUACUAUACUUUUAAUAGUUAAAUAUUUUAUCUUGUAACCUUUGUUAUAUCCUCUCACAUACAAAAGUAUUAUUAAUGUAUAUAUUUUUUUAUCCAAUUAUAAGGCGUUAAUUUAUUCAAAUAUAUUUUAUUGCAAAAAAAUAUGUAGCUGUGGUAUUUAUAUUUUAUAUAAUAUGUAUAAGUUGAUGUUUCUUUACGAGUUCUGUGAUUAAUUUCCAUUCUCUGGAUUUAACCACUUAUAUAUAAUGGUCUAUUUGUUAUUGGCUUGUUGGUAAAAUUCACCAAGUAUAACCGUCAAAAUGUUAUGUUGAGCUCAAUUAUUAAUAAAUCAUUGGUUAUAAGUCAUUAAUAAAAAAAUUCUACAGGAAAAAUUUACAAAUUUUAGUAUAACUCAAUUUUUGUUUACCAUUCUUAUUCUGACAUUUCCGUAAUAUGUAAUUAUAAAAGUGAUUUUUACUUCCAAGCUGACAAUAUACUUCCGUACUUAGUAUUAACAAAUUGUAAUUAUCUAUUAGCUUGAAUCUCAAAAGUUUUUACUAAUUGUACUUGUCUGUUACUUGAACUGACUGAUAAUUGUGUACUAUGUACACCUAUAUAUAUAUAUCUGCUAUGUCAGAGGGCAAAUAUUAUGUUUAUUUGUUUGUUUUUUUCUGAUAAAAGUUCAUUUUAAAUAUUAAAUAUAAUUGUUAUAUUUUUUCAUGCAAUUUACGAAUUAAAAUAUUUACAGUUGUUUAUUGUAAUAAAUUGUAUUAACCUUUGAUGAGUCUGCUUAUUUCACCACUAUAAACUAGUGAAGGAUAAAAGGUCAACGUUCCAAAAUGAAUGAGCUGUUUUAAAAUAUCAAUUAAAACUAUCUGUUUAUUUGAACAUUUAAAGCAUUACAAAAGGAAAUUUGAUUUUCCACAUAAACUUUCUAAAAUGUAUGAACUUUUGGGAUAAAAGUGGUGGGUGUUGUUAACUGACAAAUUAUUAAAUACAAACAUUAACAAAAAAAAAAAAAAAAUCAAUGAAAACAUUCUUCUUAAAACACAAUCUCAAACUAUCGCAGUGAGAGUUGUUCUAUAGAUGCUGUUUUAAGAUGCAACAGUCGUCAAUGACCAUUCUAUCUUGCCAGUAAUUUAAAACAUAGGUAAAUUUGACCUAAUGUCUACGUAAUAUAGAAUCAUACAAUGAAAACUGGGAGACAGCUAUAAUAUAGAAUAGUAAUUAAUACAUAUUUCUUUUUUCAAAAUCCUCUCUCAGACGAAUCUUGGAUUUUUCAUUAUUAUUUCUUCUUGUUUCAUUUUCUUAUAUCAUAUAAAUAUCCCACAAAGAUGUCCGCCCGUCUGCAGCUUUACAAGGCAUAGAUUUUGACAAAGAAGAAAUUAUUUUUUAUUAUAGAUAAACAAUCUGUAUACAGUUAAAAUAUUAUAAAAGAUGAAAUAAAAUCAUAAAAUACAUACUGAAAUUUAUAAAUACAUAGAAACAAGUGAGAAGAAAAACUAUUAUGAUGUUCUUUUUUUUUUUUUUUUUAAAUUGUUGCAAACUGUCUUAUUGGAGCCUAAAAUCAAUACUUCUACCCCAGAUAAGGCACUUGCAAUAUAUAUAUUUAUUAUAUAUAUCCUAAUAAUGAUAAAAUAUUAGCAGAUCAUUUUAACAGCUAAUACAUUGUAAGUAGUUUCAGUUCGAAUUUUAUUUAUAUACAAAAAUAAAACUAGAACAAAAAAAAAUAAUAAUAAUAAAAUAAAGAAAAAGAAUAAUCAAUUCAGUUUAAACUAGAGAUUGAGUCUCUGAUGUUCAAUCCCUCCAUUACAAGCACUCCUUGAGCGAAACUAAUAAUAAAUAAUUCUGAAUGUUAGAUGCAUUUAUUAGCUCUUCAUUUACUCAAAAGGAAAAUAUUUGUACACAAUUAAUCAUUUAACUUUUUCCCAAGUUAGAUCAUGGGCACUAACUUAUGAUAGUUGUCAUUUAUAUAUACAAAAAUUAUUUGUCGUCCCUUAAAAAAAUUACAUUUAACUCAACAUUUUUUUCUCAAUUUACUUUCUUAAACUGAAGACUGGAGUGCCAUUUCUAGUUGUGGCACAUAUUUCUGUGAUAUAUAUACAUAUAAAUAAACGGGUAUAUGCAUCGGAUAGCCUUAAAGCUGUGCUAAAGACCAAAUCUUUUAAGGGGUCCUUAACUGGAGAAUCUUUGGUUAUGUCCUCCCCAAAGCAAUCCGAUCGUUGUCAGCCUUCAUAAUGAUCCUAUAAAAGGCCUACCAAUAUGUAUAUAUACAAUCACAUAAUGACUUUAUUAAAUAUAUUCAGUAAGAAUAAAAUCACAGUGUUAAUGCCCCUAACUUAUUAAAAAUACACAUACUGAAUUUUUAAUAUUCUUUAGGCGUAUAAACAUUGAGUUGUAUGGGAUCAUAUAUAAUAUUUACACAUCUAUAUAAGUACAUACAACAUUAUAUAACCAGUUGUGUAUACGCCCAUAUGUGCAUAGUUGUAGUUUGUGGCUAGGCUGAAGAAGAGCGGGGGCGAGAUCGAUUGGCUGAGAGAGGCAGGGAAUACGGUGAGAGAAUUAUUGCCCCCACCAAUCGGGGUCGGAGGAGCUGUUGUUCUGGUUGGAUGAAUAAGAACCACCAUAGCCUGCGUUGCCGCUACCCCCUCCGUAGUAACCUACAAAAUCACAUUCAUUAAUUACAAAUAUAAUACAAAUUAAAAGCUUUAUAACAUUAUUCAUGUUAUUUAAAAUUUUUAAGUAAAUAACUUCAUUAACUUUUGAUGUACUGUUUUGGUGUAAAACGUAACAUUUUAUCUGGAAUGAAUUCCAAAGAAGCAGCCAGUUCUCUAGAAGAUCAUAUUCACAACAAACAAUCCUGUUUAGGUUAUAAGAUAUUUAGGUUGUUCUUAAUAAUAAAAACAAUUAAUAAUUUUUAUUAACAAUUAAUAAACACUCUUUAUCUUUUCUAGUAACAACCAUUUUGCUGUGUAAAGAAACCCUUUAAAAACAUUAUCACUUAAGUCACACUUUAAAAUUUAAACAAAAAUUUCAGAUAAUAAAUCUGUCGGGUAUCUUCAACUCCGUUCCGAUGAAGGAACACUCCUCACAGACACCCAAAGAAACCUUCUUUCUAAUACUCUAAAAAAAGUAUUCAAACAUCUUCAAAGAAAAGGGAGACCAAACACCUUUUAUCAAGCAUUCAAUACAACUUGAGGAAGAACACACUCCUUCUGCAGUACCUCCCUACACAAUGAGUCGUGCAAAAUAAGAUAUUUUAAGCACAGAAAUUGAUAAUAUGUUAUCAAACAAUAUUAUCGAAGAAUGCGAUACCCCAUUUGCCGCCCUUGUCGUUAUGGUUCCUAAACCUAAUGGUAGCAUAAGGGUAAGGGUAUACAUUGAUUACCGAAAACUUAACGCCAUAUUCAAGCAAAAGAUACAUUCAUUCCUGAAUUUAUUCCUUUUCUACUUAACUCAGGUAAGACUCUCGAAAUGUCAAGAACAAAAACAAACAAAUCUCAAAACAGACAGAACACUUAUGCCAACCGAAAAAGACGAGUAGCAACCGAAUGCCUUCCAGGUCAAUAUGUAUGGGUAAAUACUUACCAAUUAACAAAUUUAAACAAAGAAGUAACAAACAAGUUACCACAACGGGGCGGUCCCUGUAUCAUAAAAAGAAGUUCAGGAGACAACACAUACGAAAUAACGGACCCAAGAAGAAAUGGCCUAGUCUUAGGUCGAUGGCACUUAUCUCAUUCAGCCAUAACAGUUGGUAUUUUGAUCAAAAUGAAUUGUAAAGUUUGGGAAACAAGGAUUAAUGUUUAUAAUGCUAUGUUAAAAAACAUACUCCUGUACGACCCAAAUAUGGUCUCUAGAGGUAUUAUCUAUUUCACUGGUACUGCCCUCUGCUGGCAGUUGAUCACUGCUUUAGUGGAAUAGAAAGGAGGGAGUCUAUUUUUUGGUACUGUUCGUCAGUCUAGGUAUGACAUCAUAUCUAUACUGCUUCUUUCUGAUUGCUUCUGAAGCAAGUAAGGUGCCAUUACAGUGGUUAUAGGUUAUGUUACCAUAUUGGAGCAUUGUUUUGACAAUAACAGUCACCUUGAUAAGUUUCAUUUUCUGUUUGUUUUUUUCAUUAAGUCAGGCAAAAUUUAAUGAAAUAUUGUUAAAAAUUCAAACAAAUCUAUAGUAAAACAUUUUUUAAAGGUUGAAGUAACAAGAUUAUUCAUUUAUUCCACUAAAAGUAUUUCACAGAGAAAUUCAAAUAUACCUAAAUCCAAACAGCAUUAAAAAAAUUAAAUAGUCCAACAAAUUUUAACGUGAGGUAAAUACUAAAAAAUUCAAACAUUGAAAAAAUCAAUUUGUUUUUAUAAUUGAAGUACUGAUUUACUAUUAAUAAAACUACAAAACAUUGCCUGCUGUAAUUUCAUUACAUAUAAAUAUAUAUAUAUAUAUAUAUAUAUAUAUAUAUACUAUUAAUCAAUUAUAUAAUAAUUACUAUUACUAAUCAAACUAACAAUUAGUAAUAAAUUUAAAAUCAGAGAUACAUCCCCAGUUCUUCAAAUAACACUAUAUCAUCUUAUUAAUACCAUGAAUGCUUAUAUUUUAUAUUCAAAAUAUUACAAGAAACCAUCAUUUUGUGAAAGGGCAUUAAUAUGUAGAUAAUUAUUAACAUCUUAUAGUACAGACAUAACCUAAACUUUGAUAUUUAACUUCAACUCCCAGAAAAAAUUACAUGUAUUAAUUAAAUAAGAUCGAAACUCCAUUAUCAUAUGUAUAGCUGUCCUUCCGAUAGAAAUGAAAACCAUUAAAUUUUAACAUUUUUAAUAAAAUUAUUUCAAACUAGGAUGCUAAAUUGAGAGGAUCAAGUCCGGAGAGUGAGUAGUUUUAGCGAAAUAGACAAGCAUUAAUGGUUGGCACUAUGGAAUGGCAGUCGCUGCCGUGAGCAGUACCUUAAGAUAUCUCAAUGAAUUAGAAAUGGCAAAAGUUUAUUUCAUCAAGCUUUAUAAUUCUAGAAAUACUCCCGGAUACAUUAACAGAUUUGACUCAGGUUUAACACAUAUAUCUUAUUCCAUUAUAAAACAAGUUAUUAAAUGAGCAACAAAGACUUUAAAAAUGAACAGCAAUAGAUUACCAAAGGAAUACUUCAAAAUACUAAUUGGAUUGGAUCGUUCAAAUUUUUCAUCGUUCAUGUUUAGUCAGAAGCAUACUUAUAGGGACAAUAUUAUAAGCUGUACAAUAAUUUUAUCCCUUUACACAUAAGGCUCAGCAGUACCUUACAACUGGCCUACCUGAUCAUGUUCAAAGAAUUAUCAUGCUGUUACACACUGCCAAUGAUUAUAAUUUUAAAGUAUAUGUAAACAAAACUGUAAUCAAAUUUGUUCGUAAAUGCUAUGGCUGAUUUUCUAAAUUCAAAUGUGGUAAUUUUGAUCUUUCUGACUCGUAUCGAUCAGGAAAACCAUAAAUGUUAGACAAUGACGUGUAAAGGGCGGAAGUGGAAGCAAAUACUAGUCAAAUAAUCGAAGAUUGUCAAACAGCCUUAACCAACCUUGAUUGACUAUCCACCAUAAGCAACUUAUUGCUUCAACAGAAGCAUAAAAUGCAAAAGGCAGUGGAUCUCUCCAAAUGAAUAGACACGAAGUACUGCUAAGCCAUAGUUACACCACAAAAAUGCUCUUAUAUGUUUUUGGUGAAGUAUUGGCAGAACUGUUCAUUUUUAAGUGCUAAAUCCUGGAGAGAUGUUAAUGCAGACCUUUACUGUGAACAAUUAGAUCGUGUAAAUCAAUCUUGAAAAGAUUGAUCUUCUCGCUGAUUAGAGGAAUAAAUUUCUGAAUUAAGUGAGCUUCAAUACGUUGUCAUGGAUCUGUUUAAUGAUAAUAUUAUCAGAUUUGAGAAUGCCCGACCGAGCAUUAAGUUUUUGUUACUUUUUAGACUUAAAUGAUGCCAGGAUCCAAUAUUAUAUUGUCGGGGAAACUUUUCAAGAAAAUACUUUCGGAUUUGAAAUUGUGCAACCACGUUACUUUUUGGAUUUAAUAGAUAUUAAAAUCAGAUAGUAUUGACAUAAAAAGGCACCACCGACAACACAAUAGAGGACUCUAAUAUCGAUUAAAUCCUAAAGAUUACAAAAAUGUGAUGUACAAUUUGGGAAUCUCAAAUCUGAAAGUAUUUCCAUAAAAAGUGCUCCUGACAACAUAAUAUUGGACCCUAAUAUCAUUUAAAUCCAAAAAGUUACAAAAACAUGAUGCGAAGUUGCGCAUUCUCUAAUCCGAUAAUAUAUUAAAAUAUUUAAGAUAAUAUAAAUAUAAUAAAAACCGCCCCCGACAACAUAAUAGUGGACCCUAAAAUCGAUUAAGUGGGUCUUACAUAGCCCCAACAUGGACACCAUUAUGGAAGGAAUUAAAAGAAAGUAUCUAUACUCAUAAUAGAGAUCUAGUAGUUGAAAAAUAAAAAGUACUCAAAGGAGUUUGGCUGAGAUAUUUCUGUAAUCGGAUAUAACACUGCGAGUAUUUCCUGUUGCUGACGCCAAUAUGUGAUUAUUUUUAUUUAUUUCCACCAUAUAUAUAUAUAUAUAUAUAUCAUAAUAUGGGGUGUUAAUUUUAUUUUGUCCAUAAAUGUCACCUAGAUAAUUUAUUUAAUUUAGUUUUUUUGUUUCCAUUUAUACAACAUUAAAUAUUUUGCAUCCGAGACGUCCCAGCGAUGAUGUUUUCAGCCACUUCCGGGACUCCCCACAUCUCAUCAUGACACUUGUUUUAUUUUUGCACCAGCGAAGUGCAAAAAUAAAACAUUACGAAAUUCAGUAUGGCUGCUGGUUGCACUACGUUACGAACUGCCUCCAUGAGGUUCUCAGUCCUGCUCCCGUCAGCUGCAUCAGUGAGGUUAAAACACUUGGUAUGACCGGCCAGCUGGAGGUUAUGUUUUAUUUUAAUUUAUGAACAAUUUAAAGGUGAGUGGCGCCCCUUUAAAAGACAUUAAAACAACUCAUAGUAAGGCAAGGUGACUUGAUCACUGCUCCGUGCUGAAUUUUAUAAGUGAAAUUGUAGAGUAGUGGCUAGCAUACUGUUCUGUUAUGGUAAAGGUCCCCAGUUCAAUUUUGGUACCACCUCUAUUCCUUUUUUUUUUUUCUCUUUUAUUGUAUAAAAAUAUUAAUUUAAAAUUAUACAUUUAUAUAAUUUUUUUCUGUACCAUCUCAAAUCUGUUCAUUUAUUUUAACAUUUUUAUUAAAUAAUAAUUAAUUAGAUCGCAUACAUAGAUAUAGUAAAUUUAAUUUAUCAAUUUGAGAUUGUUUUAUUUCUUUCGUUUAAUGCUUUAAUACAAUUUUGUUUCUCUAAUUAUUUUAUUAUUAUUAUUAUUAUUAUUAAGAGAAAUAUUAUUCAUUUAUUCAAUCAUGAAUUUUGUAGCAUGUUCAUUUCAUUUGUUUAUUAUUUUCAAUAUAUAUAGAUUUUCUGCUAUUCGGCAUUUCAUCUUUUAUACAUAUUUAUCCUCAAUGGAUUUCAUUAUUUUAACAUAAGUUAAUUAAUAAGGCUAUAGUGCCUAUGGAUUAGGUUGUGCAGAAUUGGCUGUUCACACUUGAACGCCUGCUGCCACCACGCCUGUACUUAACUAAUGUAUGAUUAUGAUUAAUGCUGCGUGAGUACUCUCAGUACUCGCCGAAGUCGAGCAUGGCUGAGUAUAGAAACUACUUGUUACUUUUUCUUAAUAAAUCAUGUAAGUUAUAGAGUACUGCCCAUCUCUGCCCUGUUCCAAUAACAAAAAUGUACAUCUUUCUUUGGGUAAUUUUCCUGUUUUGAAAAUACGUUAAGGUUUCAUUUUAUUUGAUUAAUAAUUCUGAUAUUUUGUGAGAACUAAAAAUAACACAGUUCACAGAUACUGAUUUAAGCAAUGCCUGAUUCCAUUUAAAAUUACUACAUGAUAAACCAAUUAUAAAGGGAAUUGAUGACAAUAAUUUGCAAAACUUACUGUUAGAACUUGAGUAUCCACCAUAUCCAGACGAUCCUCCCCCAGACCUCGAAGGAUUUCUUGAAGGUCCACCACCUCCGCCGCCACCACUGCUUCCUCCCUGUUGACGGUAGUCCCGUGCUCCAAAUCCACUGGAGAAUCUACCGCCGCUGAAUUCAUUAAUAUUGUUUGCAUACAAUAUCCACACUUAAUGACAAUGGACCUUUAUUUUACUGAUAAGUUUUGAUAACUGUUGAACCAUAUACUGAUCUGCUUUUUUUAUUGACAUUGAAGUGUGGAAAAUUAUAUAAAAUGCAAUUUUAUUUAUUAAAAACAAAAUCAUGCUGAGUACAUCAAACUGUUAUAGAUAUAAUAAACACAAUUUUCCUUAUUUAAAAAAAGUGUAAACGUUGUGAGUGAUGACUAAUUUUAUCAUUUAGUUACCCUUACACCAAUUAAAAAAGUUUUGGAGUGUCUGUGAAUAAAGCUUAAAUUGAUUUAAGAGUUCAAGUUAAGGAUCCAAUAUUAUAUUUAUACAUUCGCUUUUUUUAAAUAAGGAAUAUCAAGAAUUUAGUAUACAUAAAUAAAUUAAACUGAGGCUUUAAAUUUGAUUUCAUUACCAAUCUUUUGCACUACAAUUAAUUAAUCAAAUCAAACUACAUUAAAAUAAGUUUUCAAUUAACGGGCAACUGAAAACUUAACUUAUUAUGAACAGCAUCUCAAAUAUUUAAUAAUAUACUGACAACUCUUUAUGGUAUAAUAAGACAGCAUAUGCCAAGAAACAAAUAUAUGAGAUGUGCAAAAUAAAAUUAAGCGUACUCACCCGAAGUACGUAGAAAAUAAGACUAAUACCUCAUAAUGAAAGACCAAGGUAGGAUGAUAGCUCUGGAUAAACCCUUGGAGGUUUUAAAGGUGUGAUCAUGGUCAAUGGUCAAAAAGGAAGAGACAAGAAGUUCCCUAACUGCUAAAUAUAAGGGAUUGGGGAAAAAGAUGAUUCAUAAUGUGGAUAAAGAGAAUUGGAAUCCUGAAAACAGCCUCGCUAACAUUAUUGGAUCAUUUGCUAUCAAUUAUCUAAUAUAUAAUUAAUAACAAAAGUUAAAAAAUAUAAAAUUAAUCCAUGCAACAAAUCCUUGGUGUGAAAAAAUAUUGAACAAUACAUUAAUUGCCUAUAUAUGAAACAUAUCAAUAAAAUACAACCUAGAAUCAACUAUUUACUUUUUUUUUUUUUUUUUUUUUUUUUACAUUUCUAACUUCCUUAAAUCAUUAUUAUAGAAUAUUAUUUAUGUACAAUGUGAUUAGCUUCCUUUAAAAUAUAAUUUUAAGAUAUUUGGUUGCCUUUUUGAAGCUUUAAAAAUAAUAUGAAUGCUGAUGUUGCAGCAGCACGUGUACCUAGCAAAUACUAAGGCGACACACUACAUCAUUAUCUUCUUGUGGAGCCACUGUCUACACUCACUACUUUCAUAAAGAAAAUAGACUCCUUUCUUACUUCAAUACAAUAAAGUCAAGUAAGAAAGGAUGUACCAUCCUCCAACCUUAAGUGUUCAGACAACAGACCCUUCCAUAGGAAAACCUGGGCAAAGGAAGAAGAAUACUCCAAAAGAGUUAAUCCAAAUCAUCCACACAUUUAAGUCAAGUGGAAUCAUAAGAUUCAUGCCUUGUCAUAAAUCACACCUCUAGCACUGUCCUUUAAACACGUUUGUGUCCAUGAUAAGCAUUAAAACUUAUGACUGGGUCCGGUGCCCUGGCCUCCUCCAGUAGUUUUUGCCAGUUCUUUCGAUUUAGUGCAGCUGUCUUCUUAAUUCAAACACCAGUAAGAUUCCUCAAACCUUCUUUUACAUCAUCUGAGCAUUAUUAUCUGGGAGAGCCUCUCAAUAGUGUUCCAGAUGGUUUAUUAUAGAUUAGAUCCAAUUUCACACUUAAGCAAGCAUGUGUUUUUUCUUGACUAGAUAGUCCUGUGCUUCACAGAUCCUUCCAUAGAUUUCAUUUUAAUAUACUAUAUUGUCUUUAUCAGGCAACUUUUUUAAAACAGAGCAGUUGAGUUUCCCUCAUUAAAUGGUUUGUUAAAAUCAUGAAUAGGGAACAUAAAUCUAGAAACAACUUAGAAAUAGAACUCACGUAACCAUAAAAAAAUAACAUUUAAACAAUAACAUAUCUACCAAUAAUUCUUAUCGGCUAAUUUAUGACAGAUAAGAUCUAUCAGGGUGGCUACCAAACAGUUAAAAUAAAAUUCCCUGACAUUUUCCUAUUUAAUGAUAGAUUUCUCUGACCAAUAUGUCUGUGGACAUAAAUAUUAAAAAUGUAUAAUUUAUAACUAAAUUUAUUUAUUAUACAUGAAAGGAAAUUGACUAUAAAAUGAUUUGAGUAAAAAAAACAAAAAAAAAAAACAUUCUUUUAAAUAACAAAUAUAAUGUUUUAGAGGAAUUAUUUUUUAAGCUUGAUUAGGAUUUUUAUUUUAGAAAACUAAACAUUUAGUAAUUUAUUUUUAUCGCCUUUAUUUUAUUUUCAUGAACUGAGAGAGGGUAAAAGUUGAUGCUUAACACAUAAAGCUCUAUUAUAAAAUAAAGUGAGCUACAGGGGAUUCUGAUAUUAAUCUAGUUUCUUUAUUACUAUAAACAGCACAAUAAUUAUCCAUAUUACACCAACUAUUCAACUUCUGGUUAAGAAAUGCUCUUUGGGGCACCACGGGUCGAACGAAUGAUUGAUGGCCAGCGAGAUCUUGAUACAGAUGUGUACAUAAAUAAUGAAUAGUAUUUGUAUGUUUUUUUUUUUUGUUUUUUUUAAAUACUGUUUUAAGUACAUUUUGUUCGAAUUUCAUUCAUUACCUUUGUUUGAUAUCAAUAUAAUGACCAGUGCCAUUAUUGACGGUCAAAAGUGGAUUAAUAUAGCGAUCACGGUCGUUUAUAACGUUUAUAUAUAAUGAAGUUGAAGACCAUUCAAGGUCGAGUUUGCCCCAUAAACGAUAUCCACUUUAUAUUUAUUUCCAAUUUCAAAAAAAAAAAAUUUCCAAUUUAAAAAAAAAAAAAAAAAAAAAACAUCGACAUACUAAAAAAAAAAAUUCCUUGACUUUAACAAUUUUCCCCUGACUUCUCCCUGUUUUAAAAAUUCGCUGAUUUUUCAAAAUUUUUUUUGUUAUUUGGAAAAUGAAUUUUCCAGGUCGGUCACCACCCUGUUUAUUCAUAGUUUAAUUCUUCUUUGGAGUUAAGAAAUAAAAUGAAAACAAGCACGCCUCUUACACAAAUUUGAUCCAAACAAGAUUAACAACUAACCUACAUUUUUUUCUAAAGAAAAACUAGAAAACAGUGAAACAAGAUAAAUCAUGCCACCAAGUAAUGUAAUUUCCUCAUAUUUAUAAUAACUGAACUGUUUUACAUCCUUGGCUCAUGAAUCAUCUGAUACAGUAAAAAUUAAAAACUUCAUAAAAAACAAAACAUCAAUAUAUAUAAUAAUCCAGAUAUUUAAAUCUAAAAAUUACACAAAAAUGAAUAUAACCAAGAUAAUAUAUUUUAAAAGGCAAACAAUAUUCUUUAAUUUAAAUAGCUGAUUCUGAUGAUUCUAAAGUGAUAUAUAAAUAAAUGUUUUAUACAAGUUGUUAACAAAAAUAACAGCAUUCACACCACAGAACUAACUAGUUUUUAGCAGUUUAUAGAUUAACAAUAACCAAAUAAGUGAACCUUUCAAAAUUCUAGAAGAAUUUAGGAUCAACAAACAAGAGUAAAACUUAAGUUCGGGGUUUAAAGAGAGUAUCUAAGAGAUAAGUAAUCCUAAGCUGGGAGCGCAAUAACAUUUUACUUAACAAUAAACCAUAAACAAAAUUAAAUUCCACCUUACUCAAAAGAAUUCAUUAUGUGAAUGAAUAUCAAUAGAGCUAAAAGUAUACCUCUUAAGCAAAUAACACAUUUAGUGAAAGCAUGAAAUCUUAAUUCCUUAAAACCUUUGGAAAAUAAUAAGUUAGAAAAAUUGGUAGAAUAACUUCUAAAAAGUAAGUUGAUUUGAAGAAUGAUUUACCCUUUGCCGCCUCGGCGAGAUGAAAGAGGCUGCUUAGUUUCCGCAGCCAUUCUCUGCAUCCAUGAAGGCAUUGUUUGCUUCGUUUCUUGUAUAAGAUCAAACAGAUCCCUAACUAAAUUCCUAUUCUUAUCAUUGAAGAAAGAUGUUGCCAAACC